GUUUGGGCAAUGUAUUCACAACAGUAAUUUGCUUUUGUUUGGUGUUGACGGCGGGCGGUUUGGUCUCAGUCAAACUGAGACGGGGCGGUGAGGCGGUGACGGGGCCCCAAGUCGGGUGGAGAGAAGUUUUUGAUUGUCAUGAGGGAGAUUCUUCACAUGUUAGUAACAGGUGCCACGCUAGUAGUAACAGGUGCCUUACUAGUAGUAACAAAAAGCUAAUAUUGUUUGCAUUUGUCAUGCCAGCAGAUGUAUUAGCAGGUGAUUCGAGUGAGAUUCCCACAAACUGCCACGACCUUGAUGGACAGGUGGCAUGAUUAGCUACAUAGUCUUGAAGUCCCUUAGCACCAACACGUGAUGUUUGUGGCAGGGGCUGCGGCAAGCACUCAAGUCCCUGCCAUCUUUCAAAACCUGAGCACUCAGGGGCACCAGGCACACCGACCGGCGCCGACGGACCCACGACCGCGACCGGCCGGUUUGGCCCCGACCGGUUCGGAGUCCUGGCGGCCAAUGAAGCUUCUGGGCCUCGGUUUGCUCACAGCACUCCGUACUCCGGGGGCGGUGAGCUUGCAGCAUGUCCCGCAGACCGGGAAUGACUUCUUGAGGAGCUCUUCCAUGCUGCAGCUGUCCUCGAUGGAAAUGAGGUCCCACACCAUGAGGCGCCUCUCCAGGCGCUGGAAGCACGCACAUCCUGCUUGGUCCGAGCCCUGUAGGCAGCUUCCCUUGGCUGAACGCCCCAGCUGCGAGCGCCAGGUGGACCGAGAUCUUCUCAAUGAGAAGGGAUGGGUCCAAACUGAGCCCCGACCAGCGCGGCUCCGCGGCGCGCGCGCGGCGAGCAUCAAGCUGAAGCACGACUAAUGGGCC